CUGCGCAAACGGUCGCGGGAAGGAUUUGAUAUUUGUUUGAAUUCAUUCGGUCGAAAAUGGGAAAAUGUAGCAAGAAGAACUGAAUGUUUACCUUUUGAGUUCAUCAACAAUGACGAAGUCAUCUAGUCUGUCUGAGUUAGGUAGAGCGACAAAUUGUUCAGAUGAACACGAUUCUUCUUGUAACGUUAGUUCAAGCAACAGAAGUUUGCGUCUAGCAGAAAAUGCGAAGAGGAAAAGUGAGGCGGAGGCUCCCUUUUUGGUGGCGUUUAAGUACUUCUCCCAAGUUAAAGCAGGCACGCCUGUGAAUGGGAAUGAUGAGUUGUUAGGGCACCUAGACCGGGUGGAGAGGAUGGCCCUGGCUCAGGGGCUUCCCCCAGAUGCCGUCUCCAUCAUGCUGGAGUUCGCCAUGAGUCUGCGCUGCAGGAGCUCGAUAUCGUCGCGGGUGCUGCGGUUCCUGAUUCCGGCUUCAGUAGUGCCCCAGGAAGCUGUGGUCAGAGGAUUCUCAUGGCUCUGCACACAGAAAAUGCCCCAAUCCAUGCAGAUCCUUUUCCUGCGCUGGGUGCUGACGAUGUUUGACAUGAUUGACUGUAAAGACAACCUAAGGGCCAUCUAUGGCUUCAUCUUCAGCUUUGUGAUUGAUGAAAGUUUGUGUCCCUUCAUCUGCCACCUGUUAUACCUUCUAACCAUAAAAGGACAUGUGAAGCCCUUCCGAGUUCGAAAGCUGUUGGACAUUCAAGGCAGAAUGGGCAAACAGCCGUACCUAAUGCAAUUACUGGCCCUCUACAAAGUCUUCUGUCCAGAGAUGGUCACUCUCACUAUGCCGUCCAGGAUGAGGGCUGGCUUCAAGAACCACAGCACCACUUGGAAGGCAGCGCUAGCUGCGCUGAAGAGGAGGAAUGCCGGAAAAGAGGCUCCCAGCAUGGAACUCACACUAGGUGUGCGGAAGUCCGACUCAAGGAAAAGGAAAUUCCAUCACCUGGAGGUGCCGGCCUUGACUCCAGCAAUGGAGAGCUCGGGUCCCAACGCCAGGAGAGGGGUGUGCCUGCAGCAGCUGAGCUCCUUCAACGAGCUGCUAGACAACCUGAACAGUAUUGAGCUGCCAGCUCAGAUGGGCUCUCUGCUCAGCUCCGCUUUGGCUCUGCAUUACCUGGACUGUGUGCAGGACGAGUCGGCCUUCCUCCGCCUCAACUUCUGGCUGGGCCACGCGCUGCACGAAGAGUUCCUGUUUGGUCCUGCGGACGGUAGCCCGGAGAGUAUGGCCGAAGCCUCGCACUUCCUCAGCAUGCUCGUCUCCACACAACACUUCCUCCAGGAGGGCUUCUCCAGCACAGAGGGCUUCCUCUUCAAGUUCCUGCAAGUGUGGGAUGGCUUCCUCCACCGGCCGCAGAUACUGGAGCUGCUCAGCGACAUUCCACUGGUGCCCAGCUCCUACAUUAAGGACGCUCUCUUCGAGCCUUUGAUGCAGCUGUACUUCACCUCCUCCGUGUUCUUCAAGUGCAGUGUCAUUGAGUGUCUGACCAGCAUGCUGCGGAAGUGGCUGACCUGGCAUUCCAUCUGUGCCCAGGAGGAGGGGCUGGACAUCAGUCUCAACAACCGCAGCAACAUGAGCCUGAGUCUGUCGGGGUUCCUGGACUCUGUGCUGAAGCUGGUGCAGUUUGUGGGCCGCCUGACCUCAGCGGGUCUGCAGUUGGAGCGUGGACACACCCUGCUGCUCCACCAUGCCCUGGGCUUCUACGAGACGGUGUCCGACAUGUUCCUUAAGUACAGCUUGCCCCUGUUUGUCAUGUUGCCCCCCGGCGUCUUCUACCCAGCGCUCCUGGCCACUGACCCAGUCUCCGUUGAUCGGCUUGGGUACAUCAUGUUCAGGUAUAGGCAAAAUCUGACAUCUGCCAAGGAAGAACAGAAGAAGCAAAAAGAGCUGUCCAUCCACAUCAACCGUAGUGUCUACCAGGAGUUUAAUUCCUAUCUGGUUGCCAUGGUGGCCCACCUGUGGAACUCCAGGAGCUUCAGCCCGAGGUCGGGCAUCCAGGUCAGCGAAGCGCUGCUGGAGCGAACCAAAGUGGGUGACCACUCUAACUGCUUCGACCUCAUCCACCAUCCAGCUUUCCUCAACUACGCAAUAGACUUCCAUCAACAGUGUUGGCCGGAGCGCGCAGACAUCGACCUGAACUCCAUCAAGGCUGGGAAGUACUGGGAGUGGUAUGUAGAGUUCCUCUUCACGCAGGGCUUUGACGGCCUGAGGGACUUCAUUAAGGUUAACAUCAACCCAACAGUGACCCGGCACAGCGAUGGGCGGCCGAGCAGUGGCCAGCCUCUCAGCCAACCCUCGCAGCCCAGCCAGCCGACAGCGGAGGCGUCAUCAUCGACGGCGCUGUCUUAAGAGUUGCCAUGCCUCACCUUACAACUCUCAACUUAUUUUUUUUUAAACCACCAUAGUCAUAAGUAUAAAUGGAACAUGACGACCUGCUUAAAACACAUUACCCGUCUUUAUGAAACUGUACAUAAUUUAUUUCAAGUGUCUUUGGGAUGCCAUUGACAUAAAAAGACUCUUUAAGGAGAUGUCUGUGUAAAUAGCUUUGUAUAUUGCAUUUUGUUUGUGUAAUUAUUUUUCAUCACUGCUUUACUCGGUCAUACUCAUGUUUGUGCCAAAACUUUUGUCUACUUCACAACUUUUUGCAGUAAUUAA